AUGGUUGGAGACACGGAAGAGAAAGGCAUUUCCCCAUCCUUGACAUCAUCCACGAUCAACAACUCAAUGAGGGCUUCGCCAAAUGGAAAAAGCAUAGAAGAUUCGUUUUGCUUGAUGCAAAGACAUUCAGUUGACUUACUUGUCGAGAUGACAAUUUAUGCUAAUGGUAUUCCGUUUAAUGUUCUUAGAAGUCCAGAUUUCAUUGCUAUGGUUGGUGAUGGAAAUCUUCUAACUCCUGAUGAUGUAUUACUUCAGUAUGGUGAAGAUGCUAUUGUUAUCCCGGCAGAUUUCUGUGAUACCGAGACCUCCAACACGGUAGAGAAUUUGAUUAAAUGGACUUAUUCGGAGUUCUCUACCAAUUACAAAUCUCCAAAGUAUAUCAGUGAAAGGGCUAUUUUAACCCCAACUAAUAACACAGUUGGCCACCACAAUUCUGUUAUUGUGGAUACCAUUCCUGACGAGACUUUCUCAUAUUUCAGAAGUGACAAGGUAGAAGAAUUUAGGGGAACAGCCUCUGAUCUUAACCUGGCAUUCUCACCUGAAUAUCUUCAUUCUUUGAACGUUCCUGGACUACCUCUUCAUGAAAUGAAACUCAAGGUCGGUGUUGCGGUGAUGCUCAUGAGGAAUCUGAAUCAAACUCUUGGCCUAUGUAACAGGACAAGAAUGAUGGUGACUAAAUGCAUGAAGUAUUGUGUGCAAUGUGAAGUCAUUUGUGGUGCAUUUUUCGGGACGAGACACUUUAUUCCUCGGAUGGAAUUAUUCCCCACUGAAACAAAGCUGCCUUUCAAAUUAAUACGCAAGUAG